GACUCUGCCCUUCCCCAGAAGGGGCUGGAGAAAAUGACCAAGUUCCAGGAGCCAGUGUCCUUCAAGGACGUGGCUGUGACCUUCACCAAGGAGGAGCUGGGGCUGCUGAACUCCACCCAGAGGAAACUGUACCAAGACGUGAUGCUGGAGAACUUCUGGAACCUGGUCUCAGUGGGAUAUCUACCUGUCAAAUUAGAUAUGAUACUACAGCUGGGGAGAAAAAAGAAGCUUUGGGUGAUGGAGCCAGUGGCCCAAGGAGCUGGGUGCUCAGGACACGGGAACCAAAAUGAGAUAGAGACUCUUCAAGAAGCAGGAUUAAGACAGCUUUUACAUAAAGGCCUUAUGUGCUGGCAGAUAUGGGAACAGUUUACAAGUAAAUUAACCAGAACUCAGGACUCAAUAAUAAAUCUGCAAGGCAAGAAGUUGCCAAAACAAGAUGAUUCCUCCUGUGAGGCAUGGUCAGGAGAAUCUACUCAGGUUCCUGAAGAUGAGAACUAUGUAGGAAAGCUUCAAGGAGAGAGUUCCACAAGUAUCAAAAAUCAAGAGUCUCCAACUCAGACCUCCUGGGAUUUCUGGAGGAAAAUGUGUCUGAGAGAGUCACAGAAUUAUCAGAGUAGGUGUCAGCAAAUUGACAUAAAAGAUAAACUGUGUCAGUGUGAUCACUGUGUCAUGAGAAGGAUCUCUCAUCACCAUGGCAAUCAGGAAGUACACAAAAGUGAGAAGGCUUGUGGCCACAAUAAUCAUGGAAAAGACUUUGUGAAGAACACAUCCCAGCAUAGCAUCAUCCACUCAGGAGAGCAGACUUCUGAUGAGACUGGAAAAGGUGUCAGCCUUGGCUAUGAUGUUGAACUUCAUCAGCAGUUGCAUGUAGGAGAGAAGCCCCACGUGUGUAGUGAGUGUGGGAAGGGCACCAGUUAUAACUCAGUGUUUCACAUUCAUUACAGUGUUCACAGAGGAGGGAAACGCAGUGGGAGUGAUGAGUGUGGGGUGGACUUGGGUCAGAGCUCACAUCUGCAGACCCGUCAGAGAGCCAACCCAGGGGAGAAACCCUACAGAUCUAGGGGCUGUGCUGCUGAGAGCUUCAAUCAGAACUCCUCCCUUCUCACUCAUGAGCCCAUUCACCCGGGGGAGAAUCUGUGUAGGGGUGGCAGGUGUGGGAAGGGCUCCAGUCAUAGUUUAGACCUCAACAGUCACUGUGUAGACAACACUGGCGAGAAAUCCUGGAAAUGUGGGCUGUGUGGUAAAGGCUUCAAUGAGACAUCACAAAUUCAAGCCCAUCAGACAGCCUACCCUCAAGACAAAACGUCCAAAUGGAAGGCACGUGACAGGAUAUUCAGUCAGAGCUCUGGUCCUCUUCAGAGAGUUCACACUGGAGAGAAACCGUAUAAAUGUGAGGUAUGUGGGAAAGACUUCAGUAAGGCCUCCAACCUUCAAGCCCAUCAGAGAAUCCACACUGGCGAGAAACCCUACAAAUGUGAUGUGUGUAAUAAGAGCUUCAGCCGGAAUUCCCAUCUUCAGGCCCAUCAGAGAGUCCACACGGGAGAGAAACCCUACAGAUGUGACACAUGUGGGAAGGACUUCAGCCAAAUUUCCCAUCUUCAGGCCCAUCAGAGAGUCCACACAGGAGAGAAGCCCUACAGAUGUGACACAUGUGGGAAAGCCUUCAGUCAGAGCUCACAUCUUCAAGACCACCAGCGGGUCCACACCGGGGAGAAACCCUACAUGUGCGAUGUGUGUGGGAAGGGUUUCAGCUGGAGCUCCCAUCUUCAAGCCCAUCAGAGAGUCCAUACAGGGGAGAAACCCUACAAGUGUGAAGAAUGUGGGAAGGGCUUCAUCUGGAACUCGUACCUUCACGUUCAUCAGAGGAUCCACACGGGAGAGAAACCCUAUAAAUGUGGCACAUGUGGGAAGAGCUUCAGUCAGACCUCCCAUCUUCAAGCCCAUCGGAGGGUCCAUACAGGAGAGAAACCCUACAGAUGUUUUGACUGUGGUAAGGGCUUUAGCAAGAGUUCAUGUCUUCAGGUUCAUCAGAGAGUCCACAGUGGUGAUCAACCCAGUACACGCAGAGUGUGA